ACAAAGUUUGUGCAUUUUCUCCACUCCUCUCCUUUCAGUUGCCACCCAUUCAUUGCUGACAGAGCAAUAAUGAUACUGUGGUUGAACUUGGUGUCCUUACUUGUAUCCCUUGGAGGUGUCAGAUCUGAUGUCCAACUGGUGGAGUCCGGAGGAGAUGUGAGGAGACCUGGAGAGUCCCUCCGUCUCUCCUGCCAAGCCUCUGGAUUCACCUUCAGCAGCUAUUACAUGAACUGGGUGAGACAGGCUCCAGGGAAAGGACUGGAAUGGGUAGCCAGUAUAAGUGAAAGCUCAGGAACUUACACUUACUAUUCAGACAAAGUCAAGGGACGCUUCACCAUCUCCAGGGACAAUGCCAAAAGCCAGCUGUAUCUGCAAAUGAACAAUCUGAAAGAAGAGGACACAGCUGUCUAUUACUGUGCGAGAGGCACAGUGAGAGGAAGUUUAUCUGAAGAGUUUUCAUUGAAACUCUUGUUUUUAGGUAUCCAAUCUGAGGUUCAGUUGGUGGAGUCUGGAGGGGGUGUGAGAAGACCUGGGGAGUCCCUCCGUCUCUCCUGCCAAGGUUCUGGAUUCACCUUCAGCUGCUAUUACAUGAACUGGGUGAGACAGGCUCCAGGGAAACGCCCAGAAUGGGUGGUCUACAUAAGUAUAUCCUCAUCUAACAUUUACUACUCAGACAAAGUCAAGGGACGCUUCACCAUCUCCAGGGAUGAUUCCAAUAAUCUCUUGUAUCUGCAAAUGAAGAACCUCAAGCCAGAGGACACAGCUGUCUAUUACUGUGCAAGAGACGCACAGUGA